CUACACUUUCUUUAUGUUUUCGAUAUUGUAAUAAUCUCGAAAGAUUUUCAGAAUAUAUCAUCAGUGUUUACAUACGACUUCAAUAGAAGCGAUGAGUGCUCAUUUACACCUUCAGCAAUUGAAGAAAAAUCCUGUGAUGAGAUAAGAGACUCUAAAUUAAAGAACUUUGAACAUAAUAAAUUUACUCAGUCCAAAUCUAAGAAACCAUAUUCAGGUUGCAACAUGACAUUCCUUAUAACACCAGUUAUACCAUUUACUUUUCCAAUAAAUCAGAAUGCACAGAAGAAACAAGUUGGGUAUGAAGAAGUUAUCUAUACAACAAUCAAAGACAUGAAUUUAAUGAAUCUUUCAUUCAUCUAUAAACUGAAAAACGAUGAACCUAUUGGAUUUCUUACUGAAAAUUACACAGCCACAGGAUUGAUGAAACUGCUUCAGAAUGGCUCCAUUAAUGGAAUAUUUGGGGGAAUCAUUCUAUCAAAUCAACGAAUUGGAAUAUUCGAUUUAGUAGAACCACAUUUUUCAGAAAGUUUCGUGGUUGUAGUCCCAAAUUCAGGAUAUCGGGCUAAAUGGAGAGCACUUUUUCCAAGUAUGAUAUCGAAUGUUUGUUUACUGACGUCAUUUUGGUUUAUAUUUUUUUGUUACUUGUCCAUAAAAGUUGAUGCAUUUGAAAUGGCUGGAUCUAAAGAUGUAUUUGUAAUUAUAAUGACUGUGUUCGGAUAUUUUGUAGGCACAGCAACUAGGUGGGAGAUUAAAAAGAUUAGAAAUAGAUUAAUGGUUAUCUCCUGGAUAUUUUUCUCCUGGCUACUGAGCUCUUUUUACCAAAGUAACCUAUCAAGUGAGUUUACAAAACCACUUCAUAAUAGAGAUAUUCAGUCACUACAAGAAGCUAAAAAGGCAAAUUACAAAUUCCAUAUCCAUUUGCUAAAUUAUAAUUAUGCAAAGUCGUCGAAAGACAAUUUUAUUGCCGAAAUCAUGCAAAAUACCAAACCCGUUAUUUGUGAGACUAUUCCAGAAUGUUUGGAUUCUAUUGGAAAUGAUGGCUUUACAAUGGUCACAGCUAAUAAUUUUCAUUAUUUCAAUCCUGAAAAUCACUUAGCUGAUAAAAUGCAUGUCAUAACGCCCGCGAUAUCAAGCUUUUACGCCGUCGCAUAUGUAAAGAAAGGAUACCCUGAUUUAGAACAUCUUAGAACCUUAGUGAAGCGUAUUUUAUCAGCAAGUCUUCAUGAAAAGCAAAUGUCAGAUAUAAGUUACGACUAUUUCAUUAAUAAUUUCUAUAAAACUAGAAAAGAGAGCAAAUAUUUUGUAUCCUUGAAGCAUAUGGAAGACACCUACUAG